AUGCACCCAACCCAACGCAGCGACUCGAGCCAAGAAGGCUCGGUCUAUCCGCCACCCUCGGCCCUCUCUGGCCGUUCAUCAAUCGCAUCCAGCAACGGUGCCCCAGCGUCGCCCCAGCCGGCCGUAUAUCGCCCGUCCGUCCGUGCGUCGUUGGUGCCGUCGAGUCCGAGCGUGACCCUGGCCCCGGUCGCCUGGAAUGCCGCCACCGGCCGCUCGGCCAAUGCAGACUCGACCUCCAACCCCACCCGGCGGCUCAGGACCUCGCUCAGGAGGGUCCAGCUCCAGGCGAACGGCAGCUUUGUUGUCGAGGUCCCCCUUUCGGCGCCGCUGAUCAGCAGACUCAAGUACCAGACCGAGGGCGAGUUCACAGAAUUGAGAUACAGCGCCUUGACUUGCAAUCCAGACGAGUUUUCCGACCAAUUCCAGCUCAAAGUAGCUCUCCAAAAGCGCACCAUCAAGUUUGCGAUUGUCUUGACGCUCCACAAUGAGGGCCCCGAGAUAUUCUGUCGAUCCCUCUUUGCAAUCUUCAAAAGCAUCAACUUUCUCUGCCGCCAAGGAGAGACCGACAAAUCAGAGUCCAUGGAUUGGCAGUCCGUUCUUCUCUGCAUCAUCACCGACGGUCGAAAAGAUCUCCACCCGGACAUUAACAACGUCCUCGGUUGCAUGGGUCUAUAUCUCGAUGGCCUUACCAAGAGCUCGGUCAAUGGCAAGCCCGUCAUAGCCCAUAUGUUUGAAGCGAUCUGCCAACAAGUCGUCGCCAGUGACCUGAGUCUCCAAAGUAACCAGCGUGACUCUGACCUCGUUCCCGUCCAGACAGUGCUCCUGAUGAAGGAGCAGUCCCAGAAGAGGCUGAACUCGCACCGCUGGUUCCUGAGUGGGAUCUGCAAGUCACUCAAACCAGAGACUUGCAUGUUUCUGGACACGGGUGUUGCCCCCAUGCCCGACGCAUUUUUGCGCUUGCAUCGCUCACUGUCCGCCAAUCCGCGAAUCGGUGUUUGUUGUGGAGAAAUCGCUGUCGAAACCAGCAUCCAAGGCUGCGAGCUACUCAACCCCCUCGUCGCCGCCCAGAACUUUGAGUACAAAGUGACCCAUCUUCUCGACCAUCCCUUCGAGUCGCUCAUGGGAUGCAUGGUUGAGCUGCCAACGUCGUUUUCGGCAUUCCGAUACAAGGCUCUGUGCGAGUCUCCGAUGCAGGCCUAUCUCAAAGGGGAGCUCGACCACGACCGAAUCGCCUUCAGUGCCGCCAACCGACGACUAGCAGGCGACCGCGUCCUUCCCUUUGAGCUUGUCGCCCAGGAUGGCAAGCAGUGGGUCUGCAAGUACAUCUUCUCGGGCAAGGCCAAAAUACGGGUGCCCAGUAGCGUCCAUGGGGUUCUGCAGCAGCGCAAGGCGUGGGUCAACCGUUCGUUCUUUGCGUCGCUGCGCUCGGUCCGUCGCAUCGUCGCCAUCCGACGCACCAAGCACUCGAUUCAACAGAAGGCCGUCUUUCUGUUCCAGAGCAUGUACAAUAUCCUCCGCCUGACGCUGUCGUGGUUUGGGAUCGGCAUCAUGUACAUCCUCUUCGUCUUUAGCUUCAUGAUGGCCACGUCCGAAAGUGACUUGAGCGGCAACGACUCGCAGGCGGCAACGACCCUGGACCUGUACUAUCCCUACGGCGGCGUGGUUUUCCAAGUCCUGCGUCUGGUCUUCCUUGCGGCGCUCUGUGCUGCACUGGUCUCGUCGCUCGGAACCAAGCCGCAGAUGACGCCCAUGACGUUCAUGAGCCUGUGGUUGGCCUUUGCCCUCAUCUGGAUCUUCACGGUCGUCAACCUUGGAUGCGUAGCCACCCAGACCAUGACCACAAUCAUUCGAACGGCCCCAGCAGCACUCGGUAGCGACGUGCGCUUCGACGGACGGCUUUUCGCCUACGCCAUGCAGUUCUCAGGCUUCCGCGACAUUAUUGUGCCCGCGGCGCUCAACCUCGUCGCGGGAUUGAUGGCCUUCCUGAUAGCGCUGGACCCACUGCCAGUCUUUACUUCAUCGCUCCAGUACAUCUUGUGGCUGCCUGGAUACGUCAACCUCAUUUCGGUGUUUGCAUUCACGAAUCUGCAUGAUGUCUCCAUGGAGCUCCGCCCCGAGCCAUCCCCCACUUUGGGCAUGGACUCUGUUCAGUCGUAUUCCGAUCCUCUCAGCCGCAAGCAUACCCAGCUCGCAUCUACCGGUGUUCCAGACGACCUGGACGAGCAGUACAUGCAUUUCAAUAAGCUUCGGCAGAGCCAACAGAAAGACUUGUCUGCCCGUCCAGCCAAGCAAAAGACCGACCACACGACCGAACAGACGGACUACUUCAAGAUGCUGAGAACGCAGAUCAUCUUGGGCUGGCUCGUUGCGAACGGAGUCCUCUGCUGGGCCUUUACGGGUGCUCCCUACGUCAAGUCUCUGAAUAUGUACCCGCAUCCCGAGUUUGGCAUCCAGAUGAACCUGUUUCUUGUGGGUUUGAUAUGGCUGUGGACCGGGAUGAACCUGCUGCGAUGUCUCGGGGCGAUGAUGUACAUGAUCAUCGGCCGCCGCUGAGACGACAUCGCAAUGAGAGCGCCAGUCCAUCCCGUGCUGCAGAAUCAGGCCCAGACUCAAAGCACUGGCCGUUUCUCCCUACCAAAGUAGCUUGUUUCUGUUGCACGGCAUUGCAAUCUACAGAGGGCUCAAUACAUAUCCAAUGCGCGAA